CUGGCGUGGCCACGUGACGCGUUCAAGCGCGCCGCGCGGGCCCCGCGCGCAGGGAGGACGGCGCGGCGGGGGCGCGCGGGCGAUCAGGGGUUCCCUCAUUCAUGGCUUGAGCCUGGCAGGCAUAGGAUGGACUGUCAACUCCUCUGCAGGCACUGAAGUGACUUCACAAACAGUGGCCGUGAGCCGAAGACUCGCACAGGUGACACAUCUGCUCCGGAAAAGGCUUAGAGAGAUAUGGAGAUUGAAAGAAUCAUUCAAGACACACUGACACGCUUCAUCCAGUCCCACAUCCCUGCAGCAGAUCUCAGUGGGAUGGAUGAUGUUUUCUUCUCUUACAUCACGGGUGUCCUGGAAGAGCUGGGCUCACCAGAAUCCCCUGAAGAGACUUUUGACAUGGACACCUUUGUGGAAAUGAUGGAGGCAUAUAUCCCUGGUUUUGCAGAAAUCCACAGUGGGGAUGUUUGUGAAAUGAUGUUCUCCCUCUCAGAAAGGCUUUGUGAAGCUCGCAACAAAGAAAAACUUGGUCAAAAGGCUGUGGAAAGCAGGAGUGAAGCGUCCUCUGAAGAUCUCACCAAGGGCCAGGAGGCUGGAGCUGGAGCCUGCAACGGGGAAAGACUGUGCACUGUAACAGACGGAGCCGGGGCCCAGGUAGAAGGUGCUGACUUGAAGGAUGGGGUGGAGCUGCUCCUGGAGAUGUUCCCAGCCUGUACUGUGAACCAGGCAGAGAAGGCUCUUGCCAUGACCUUGGGGAACUUGGAAGAGGCAGUGCAGUUAAUUGUGGAGGAGAAGGUGGAAAUAGGCCCAGCAGGUGCGAGUGUGAAGGAACUGGCACGGCCUCGCAGAGCACCCAACCACGAGGAGCUAAAACAGGUCAUCCUACAGAAAUACAUGAUGGUGGAUAGUGCAGACGAUCAGAAAACACAUCGGCCAGCUCCACCCAAAGAGGCUCCCAAGAAGUUGAUCCGCUAUAUUGAUAACCAGGUGGUGAGCACAAAAGGAGAGAGGUACAAAGACAUCAAGAAGCCUGAGAGUGAGGAGAUGAAGAGAACCUACAUCAGCCUAAAACCAGCCAGGAAGUAUAAGUUCCACUGACAGCCAGGUCAUCCUGCUCUUCAACCUUCCACCUCACUGCCAGGCAUGGCAGGAUGGAUGUGUGGUGGUAGGAAUGAGGUCGACUUCACCUGCUACUAACUUGAACUAACCUGGAAGCCAGGACACUGCUUUCAGUUUCCUCAACUAACCUGGCUGAGCAGACUUCUCUCCUUGUGUAGCUAUCCCUCUGCCCCCCGGGGCACACUGCAGUGGCUCUCCAGGACCUGGGCAUUCUCUGCUAUUCCUUGCAUGGGACAUUUUUAGAUCUGAGAUGUGGCAUGUGCUUUUGCAGCAACCUUUUUAACAAGUCUUUGUGCACUGUUGCUUUGAGUGCCAGUAUUAAUAAAGAUGAUGUGAGUUGGUGUGUAGUUCA